UUCUGAGACAAACAGGUACUGGAGUCGAUUUGCAAAGGAGAUAUUUCGCAGCUCGCAGCAGCAUGAAAAGCCCUGGGUGCACUGCAAGGCCUGCCAGGUGUCUCAUCAUUUUCAGCCUCUGCCUAGGACUUACCUUCCUCUCAGGAUUCUUCCAUAUGAAGAAUAAGAAUUACAGAAUCUCAAAGAGCCAAGAGGAGCUGCUGAUCCCUCCCACGCUGUGCCAUGCCAAGACAAAUGUCAUGUUCCUCAAGACCCACAAGACGGCCAGCAGCACUGUGCUCAACAUCAUGUACAGGUUUGCAGAGAGGUACAACCUCACUGUCGCCCUCCCCGCUGGCCAGCUCUUCCACCUGGGAUACCCCAGCACUUUCCUGGCCCGCUUUGUGGAGGGGUUUGAAGCCAUUGGCCAAAAUUACAACAUCAUGUGCAACCACCUGCGGUUUAACCUCUCGGAGGUGCAAAAGGUGAUGGCASCCAACACCUUCUACUUCUCCAUCCUGAGGAACCCCAUUCGUCUGCUGGAGUCCUCCUACAUCUACUAUAAGCACAAUGUCCCUGCCUUCAGUAGAUCCAAGGACGUGAACGAGUUCCUGGCAUYGCCCACCAAGUAUUACCACCCAGCAGAUUACAGGCAGAACAUCUAUGCCAGGAACAUCAUGUGGUUUGACUUUGGCUACAAUAACAAUGCAGAGGAUGACCCAGAGCACACCCAGACCAUUCUGGAGGAGAUCGAGCAGAACUUCCAGCUCAUCUUGAUAGCAGACUACUUUGAUGAGUCCAUGAUCCUCUUGAAGCAURCUUUGUGCUGGGACCUGGAUGAUGUGAUUUACUUCAAGCUCAAUUCCAGAAGCCACGACACUGUCCAGACAUUGACUCCAGAAAGUGAGGAGCGGAUAAAAACGUGGUGUUCACUUGACUGGAAGCUCUACCUGCACUUCAACCAGAGCUUCUGGAGGAGAAUUGAGGAGACCAUAGGGCUCGAGGUGCUGGAGAAGGAGGUGGAUCAGCUGCGGGCCAGACAGAAGGAGCUCAUGGAGACCUGUCUGUCAGAGCAGGAGGCAGUGGGGAAGGAUAACAUCAGCAACAAAGCUCUCCUGCCUUUCCAGUCAGGGGUUGCCAAUAUCCUGGGGUACAACCUCAAGCAGGACUUGGACAACAGGACUCUGAGAACCUGUCAGCAAAUGGUCAUGCCAGAGCUCCAGUACAUGUCCUACCUUUACGCUGUCCAACACCCRCACAAGAGGAGGAAGGAGCUGGGAUUGCCAUUGCUGUGGACCAGACCCCAGGAGAAGAUGAGACACCCAAUGCCCAACUAGGACACGUGGCAAACCACUGAGGCUUCCCACCGCUUUGCAUCACCCCAUGUCUGACACAUAACGGACCCACAGGACUCUUGUGCAUGAGAGGAGGCAGUGGGGCUUUGUUUGGGGUCACCAAGUUGGUGGUUGGUCCCUUUUUGGGGACCUUGAGCCCAAGGCUUUGCCUUGGCUGGAUCCUGGGUGCUCCCUCCUGCYUG